AUGAAGAGAGCCGUAGGUCACGCGUUUGGGAUCGACAAGGAUGCAACGGUGGGCUCCAAGUCUUUGUUUGAUGAAGAUGUUGGAGCUACCGCCGAUGCGACAGAUGCCCGCGAAGGACCGGAGGAAGCCACCGCUGCUGCUGGUGCUGUGUCGGGUGAGGUAUCUCCUGAGAAAACUGAGGAGAAAACCGACGAGACGAAGGAUGGGGCAACUGAGAAAGCUCAGGAGCCCGCUAAGGAGAAUCAACAUGAUAGUGUCGAGAUGACGGCGAAGGAUGCUGGCGUUGAUGCUCCUGGAGUUGCAACGAAGGAGGCUAGUGAAGGGCCCGCCGAAAGCAAGAAAAAGAAAGCUGUCAUCGAUUUAGAUGACGAAACAGUGGGGACGGCCGGAACGUUCUCGUCCAAGAAGUCGGUGGCCAAAGCAGUGGCCAAGUACAUCGCAAGAAUCACUGGGGCUGGAAAGAAAAAGAAAAAGAAGCAGGCAUCGGAUGGAUCCGAGGAAGAAGAGUCUGUUGGCACCUACCAGGUUGAAGACAUCUCCGUGGACACUGCCGCCUUGCUGGAGGCUCUUGCCGACGCUCGAGCCAAGGUCCUUAACGAAGCUGGUUUUGAUGAUAAGAGCAAAGGAAGCAAGACCCAGGAGAAAACAGAGAAAGAACUCGAGGCCAAGAACUCAGAUGCCAACGACGCAGGUGCCAAGCCUGAUGACAAGGAAGUAGCCAAACCUGAGGUCAACCCAAAGGAAGAGGCCUUCGGCCUGAGUAGGGAACUGUCGAAGGCUGCCUCCGCCGAGAUUUCCGUUAGGAGCAGUGCCAGUUCAACGGCAUUUGAAGUUCCCAGAUUGUCGGAGCUCAUGAACUACAGAAAGAUGGUUCUGUCUGGUCUAGGCGUAGAGAGCAAAGAUGACGACAACGCUGAAAAGGUCCCCGAGCCUACUGCCCCAGUACAACCUAAGGAGCCCGAAUCCCGCGAUGAAGCCGCAACACCCAAAGAGAUCGUAGAAAAUGCCAAGACUCAGGAAGCUCAAGAAGUCACAACUCCAAAAGACGAAAACGAAACUCCAAGAGACGAAAUCACAACUACAAAAGAAGAUGCAACUCCAGAGAAGGACGAUGUAGCUCCAAAGAAGGAAGAUGUAGCUCCAAAGGAGGAGGAUGCAGCUCCAAAGGAGGAGGCUGCGGCUCCAAAGGAGGAGGCUGCGGCUCCAAAGGAGGAGGCUGCAGUUCCAAAGGAGGAAGUUGCAGUUCCAAAGGAGGAAGUUGCAGUUCCAAAGGAGGAGGAUGCAACUUCACAGAAGAACAACGAUGCCAAAGAGCCCAUCAUUUUGCUUCCCACUUCCGCAACUCCAGCCUCCGAAGCUCCCGCCUCCGCAACUCCAGCCUCCGAACCAGUGGCAGCUGAAUGA